AGCUGUACCUCAACUAAAUUUAAUUAUUUUACUACUAUACCAUUCAUUCAAUCAUUCUCUUCAACACCUCUAAAUUCAGACAUCAGAUGAAGAAUUCAAGUUCAGACAAUGAUCAAGUUCAUGUUAAUAACCAUGGCGGCACUGGUAAUGACGGACCAUUCAUCAACAUCCACGUCUCCCACGGUCAAUCCAACCACCAAAUUUAUGUUCCCUCUCAUUCAACUUUCGGUUAUGUGAAAGAGGUGAUUGCACAAGAAGUGGGUUUGGACCCUGAUCAGCAAAAGGUUUUAUUUAGGGGAAAAGAGAAGGAGGAUUGGGAGUAUUUGAAUGAGGCAGGUGUGAAGGAUAAGUCAAAAAUUCUAGUUUUGGAAAACCGAGCGAGUGCGGAAAAAGGUGAGACUUCAAAAGAUGAUGCAAAGGAUAGUGGGGAGAGUUCAAAGGCGGAUGCAAAGGGAAGUGGGGAGAGUUCAAAGGCGGAUGCAAAGGGCAGCGGGGAGACUUCGAAGGCUGAUGAAAAGCAAAGCGAGGAGAUGUUGAAAGCGUUUCAAUCUAUUGCUGCAAUUAGAGAAGAGGUUGAUAAGCUCGCCGAAAGGGUGUCUGUGUUAGAAGUGGCUGUGAAUAGCGGGACCAAAGUUGCUAAUGAAGAAUUUGCUGCCUCAGCUGAAUUAUUGAUGAGGCAAUUGCUGAAGUUGGACACUAUUGAGGCUGAAGGGGAAGCAAAGAUGCAGCGUAAAGCUGAGGUACGUCGUGUCCAAAACUUUCAUGACCUGCUGGACAACCUAAAAUCAAGUAAUUCAAAGCCUGUUGGCAAUAACGGCAAUACUGUGUCUGUGACAACUGAGUGGGAGACAUUUGACUCCGGUGUAGGAAGCUUGAAUCCACCACCAGUCUCACCGUCAACUAGAAUUACUGAGGACUGGGAAAGGUUUGAUUAGGGAUCUGCAUGAUUAUUAUAGUCUAUAGAACUAUAACCAGCUUGUCUGUUAUAGUCUACCGAACUAUGUGUACAAUAUAUAUUAUUUAAGAAAUUAAAACUCAUUUUUUA